CAAAUUCAAAACCCUAGAAACUUCUUCUUCAUCAAAUUUCUCUGUGAAAAUGUCUGGUCGUGGAAAGGGAGGCAAGGGAUUGGGAAAGGGAGGAGCCAAGAGGCACAGGAAGGUUCUAAGAGAUAACAUCCAGGGUAUCACUAAGCCAGCUAUUCGCAGGCUUGCUCGUAGGGGUGGUGUGAAGCGUAUCUCUGGUCUCAUCUAUGAGGAGACUCGUGGAGUGUUGAAGAUCUUUUUGGAGAAUGUGAUUCGUGAUUCUGUCACCUACACUGAGCACGCCAGGAGGAAGACUGUUACUGCUAUGGAUGUUGUCUAUGCUUUGAAGAGACAGGGAAGGACUCUCUAUGGAUUUGGCGGUUAGAUUGGGGGUUGUAUGUUGGUGCUAUGGUGGUAGUAAAUGUAGGUUUUAGUUUACAAUUGCGUAUAAGUCUGUGUUGGAUCUCUGUAGUGUUGUUCUUAUGCUCUAGAUCUUGUAAUUUCUCAUUACAUUAUCAAUGAACAGAGUUAGGUUUUGAGUA